UUGAUCCAUUGUUUUGGCAUCUGAGGUUUCAUUUCUGAAUCAGGAUCAGACUAAGAACUUAAUUAAUUCCACCUGAUCAGGAAAUAGCAGUUUAGACGUAAAGGAGGAGGGUCCUGUCACUGUUGUUUCCUGUCUCCAUGGUAACAAUUCUGUUGCUGCUAACUGAAGUCUUUCUACAGUCAGACAUGGAGGAUCAGAAAGGUCAAACCUGUGACUUUUACCGGACGGAUCCAAACCUGCCGCAGAGAUUCAACAACCCAGACUGUUUCCAUGGUUACGGGGUGAAGAAGAGUCAUCCUUUAUAUCAGACCUGGAACCAAACGUACGGCAGCCAGAAGCCAACAGUUCAUGAGAUGCCGACUCAAUUUAAGGUGACAUCUCAUCAGUUUUCGGAACUGCAGCUGCAGAGUGGGAUGUACCAGGAUCAUGGCUUCAAUACAGCAAUUGACAGGAGCAAAGUCAUGGUUUCCACGGAAACCCAAAACAAGAGAUUUCAGCUCCAGCAUCUGCAUUACUAUGGAAACCAAAGCAAGGAGCAUCAUUAACAACACAGCAUAACAAAAUAAAUUAGCUGAUUGUUCUCCAA